AUGUCUUUGUCCACGCUACCCGAAUGGAAACAACUGCUAUUAGAGCGCAAGAGACGAGAGGAAGAGGAGAGAGAGAGAAGAGAGAGAGAGGAAGAGGAGAGGCUGGCCAACAUGCCUGCCUGGAAGAGAGGGAUUAUCCUGAGAAGGAGAGCAAAGCAAGAUGAAGGACGAGAUAAAGAUGGUGGACAGCAUACAGCAGACGUCUUGACCAUCAUAGAGGACAUCGCUACAGAACAGAUGGACAAUAAACUCACACUCCAUCUCCAAACUGAAGAAACCAUCGCCUCCAUCCAACACAAUCCUUUCAUCAGGUCUGAGAACAGCUGGAGGAGAGACAACACAUGCGAUGGAACCAAUAAUAUAGGAAGAGAGAAAGAAGCGGAGGUAAAGAGAGAGAGAGAGUUCUGGAAAAGACGAGAUAGAGAGAUAUGGACAGACAAAGGAAGAGAGAAAGAACCGCUGAAGAAGUGCAGAGAGGUAGAGAGCAGCACAUGUCUCUUUACUCCAGUUACAGGCCUUCACACCAUCAAAGCAAACAACAUCAUUAUCAUCGAGAAAGAGAAAAACAGCAAAGAAAGACCGGAGAGGAGAGAGAGCGCUCGAGAGGAGGUGGAAGAGAAGAGGAUGAGGAUGGAUUUAAGAGAGUUUCUGGCUGGUGGUGGAAGCGUUACAGAGAUCAGAGCAUCAGAAGUGUUGAUCAUCAAACCAUCAUUUACAGACGAGGAGAUAGACACACCUGAAGUGAGAGAGAAGAUAUGGAGAAAAGAGACAUUGAUGACGAGAAUAACAAAACUCAAGGGCGGAGGAACCGAAUGUGGUGGUCGAGUCAGUCAGCUGCUCAGUAAGUUUGGUGAACACCCCAAACCCCCAAUUCGUUCAAAGAGCACAGACUGCCUUGACCCAUCAGGCAAGAACCGGAUCAAAUACAGUACCGUACGGGAGGACGAAACGAAGCCGACAUUCCGAGGUGUUCCCAAACGCUCCUUCAGUUUCUCCGAUCGUGUACUGUGUCAUCAAGAGAACGGAGUUUGUGAGAAGGAACCGGAGUUUAAGGUGAUAGAGAGGACGUACUCGGAUCGCAGGGUCAAACCGAACGUGAAAGUUCGAUCAGAAGGUGAACCAAGAGUCACGAGACGAUGGGGGAGACACAGACGUGAUGAAGAGGUACAGAUGAAUGAAAAGAGACAGAAAGAGAGUGCAGAUGGAGAUGAGGGCUUCAUUGUGGCCUCCAUAAAAAACCCAGAGGACAUCCCAUUUGCCCGACGAGUUCCAAUCAAAGGUGAUGGGAGAGAAAGCAGCGAGAGGGAGAUAAAGAUAGAUAAAGAGAUGCAAAGUGAUCAUAGGUGUGAAAUAAGGCCAAAUGAGAAGGAGAAAAUGGAAAGAAAAAGCCAAACUGAGGAAGUCAAGAGGAAAAGGAAUCAGGAUGAGGUGAAUGUAGUUCAAAGUACAUAUAUCCGACCCUCAGAUAACACCAAAGAUAUCAUCACACCAUCAGCAGACUGCAGUCUUCAGUCUUCUUCACAUCUGUCAGAAGAUCUGGACCACAGGACAGAAAGAAUCCAGAAGGACAGAGAGCUCAACAGGACAGGGAAGAUGUCUUCAUGUGAAGAUCCAGACACAAUCACUUACAAUCAGCAGAAAACAUCCCAUCCAAUCAAAGAGGAGGUAACCAUCCCCAGAACAGUGUUUUAUGGAGUUGACGUAUCCUCAACCAGAAGGCCAAGUUUCCCUGUUGGAGAUGAAGAAGGUGGAGGAGGAGGAGUAGAGAGGAGAGGAAGCUGGAAGACCGGACGACCUCUGACCCGAGUGGAGUCAUUAAGAGAAAGAAUCCGUCAACAAGAAGAGAAACUGAGCGGUGUGAAGAAGACUGAAGUGAUGGAGAGCAGAGAAACAGAAGGCACUUUGACUCAACAGGAAGAAACCACACUGCAGACUCUCAGACUGUUUGACGUCACACAGGAAGUUGCAGUGGCAAGCCCUCAACUUCCUGUUCCUAUUUCUCUGUCACGGUCAGACUCGACAGAAAGAGAAGUUGGGGAGAUCUCUGGGGAUGAAUCCGAGAGCGAUAUCUUCCGUGGAGAAACAGAGAGAGAUCAUGUAGAGGAGUGUGACAGACGCAGCAUUUGGAGACGACAGAACCUAAACGCGGGAGAAGACGAAAAAGAGAGAGAGUUGUUAGAGGAAGAAUAUCUCCCUCCCUCUCUUUCUCCCUCUCCACCUCUUUCAGACUCACUUGUCGAAAUGAGUCGGAUCUAUAACCUCAAGCCGGUGGGAUCCAGGAGCGCCGUAUGUAUCGGUGAACGAAAAGCCGAUCUUUCCACGGGACAAUACAAGCCCAUCAGAAAUACACAGUCACCGGACAUUCUGCCCGAGAAAGCAAAACUGUGGAGUUAUGGGAGGGACGGUGACAAACCUGGGACGGUGGAGUCGACAGGUGUUCAGACGGUCCAGCGUCAGGUAGAACGGCUAAAGCUGAAGGAACAGGAAGGAGAGACGCAGAGUGUGACGACAUCACAGGAGGUUAAGACGGCUGAAGGCCAGAAGAGACCAGACAUACUCAAAGAGACUCAGAAAUCACAAACAUCUAUGAAUCCUUCUCAACAAAAUGAUCAAAGGUCUCAUCCCAAACCUCAGCAGCUCAGGUCCUUCACCGUCAACGCCCGCACUGUCCAACCCACAGAAAACUCUUUAUCAACCCCAGAACAAGUCAACAGUCCUUCAUCUCCCUCGACAGGCCCCUCUCCACCGCUGUUUACCAUUAGGAGUGCAUCAGGAGGACCGGCGAAGAGAGGGACCACCAUCACCAUCACCCCUAGAAGAUCUGCUGGAUCAGCUCCUUCUGGAAACACCUCAACAGUAACUCCAUCAAAACCACCACCACAGGCCCAGCCGUCCACCACUAACACCAGUGCAAACAAAGACACGGGUAAAAAGAGAUAUCCGACCGCCGAAGAGAUCCAGGUGAUCGGAGGAUAUCAGAAUCUGGAGCGGUCGUGCUUGAUGAAGAACAAAGGAACAACUAAAGCGGUGAAGGUUUGUUUCGAUGACGCUCAGCUGGAGAGAGUUUGUGAAUAUCCAUCAGAAGAUUCUCAUCCCUGCGCUCCUCAUCCGGUGCCAGAGGACGGGAGGUGUGGGGGAGAGCAGGAGGAAGAUGAGGAAGAGGAGAACGGAGCGUUUGUGUCCAGCAGUGACAGGAGCUCAGGAAGGAUUCGGUUCCUCAAAGUGGAUGAAUCCUGUAAGCGUUAAUUCAGUCUCCAUGAUGAAUCAUUACACACUUUAGUUUAUACUUUCUUUACAGUUACAGAAGCUGUAAGUAAUCAUAAACUUAAUCAAUAGUUUAGUAUUCUUGUCUGGUAGCAGAAUUAAAAAGUAUUUGAAUGUGAUAUGAGAUUUUUAAAGCAUCUUUUUUUGUUAACAUUCAGAGAUUGCUGAGUUUCAGUAAUAAAUUUGAUUGUUAAUAAUCUCAGGUCUUGAUGGUUUGCACAGUUUACAGUGUUUUAUGAAUAAUAAAUCCUCAUCUAUGAAACUCUUAA